AUGUCCAACAAGGCUCCUAGUGCCGGCACCAAGAUUACCACGGGCGACAGACCCGUAUAUCAAGAAGGUCCGGGAAAGGUGGCCGAGGGCUCCCUGGCAGCAGAGUCCGCCAGCAAGGGCGGCGCGUUCGCCUCCAAUCCUGGCCAGGAGCAGGGCCAGAAGCGAUCCGGACAAUCUCAACCCCACUCGUCGGGAACGAUGGGGGGGACGGCCGCGAACAAGACCACCUCGCUCAACCUCGAGAACCAGCAAAGCUCCCGCGGCACGGCCGGAGACGUGUCCAGCGCGGCUGGCAAGCAACCGACCGACCUCAACCUCGAGAACCAGCAAGCCUACGGCGGCGCGGCCCCGACCUACGUGUCCAACCAGCGCUACCGGGAUCCGGCCGGACCGCACGGCAAGAAUCUGACCGAGGGUGGCUUCGAGGGCAGCGGCACGGAGGGAGGGCCGCUGCCGGAACCGGGCAGUAUCGAUGACCCCUCGAGGGUUGCCCAGAGAAAUUUCAGGUCGGGCAUGGCCAGCCAGGGGAGGGAUGCCGGGCCGAGGCAGACGGGGGGUGCGGGGGAGAAGACGUGGUAUACCCCGCUGGGAGGGGAUGAUGAAUCUGCGUGA